CGAAAUGGUAAUGACUUGACUUAAAGGUUGACUUGGCUCUUUAUAAAUUUUGCUCAACCUUGAAACUUUUCCAUCAUUCCCUAACCCUCUUCACUUCUAAGUUCCUUCUCUUUCCAUCUCUCAUUUUCUCCCCAAAGCUCCAAAAUGAAGAAAAUUGUGUUGAAGUUGGAUUUGCAUCACGACAAAAGCAGACAGAAAGGCAUGAAGAUAGCCUCUGGUCUUUCAGGGGUUGAGUCGGUUGCAAUAGACAAGGACCAAAAAUUGACAGUAAUAGGAGAUGUGGAUCCAGUUAAGGCAGCGAUGAAAUUAGGCAAGUUAUGCCAUACUGAAAUAGUUUCGGUCGGACCGGCAAAAGAGCAGGAGAAGAAGAAGGAAGAACCCAAGAAAGAGGAACCAAAGAAACCAGCGGAACCAAAGAAAGACCCACCAAAAGAACUUGUACUACAAUACUCGUAUCCAAUGAUAUGUCACCCUCCAUACUAUCCUCCGUUUCCCGAUUAUUACUGUAAACCUAUCGAGGAACAUCCACCUGCUUGCAUUAUCUUGUAAUUUUUUUGGUGUUUUAGAUUUCAAUAAUUAAUAAAUAAGAAAAUUAAAAGAAA